AUGCAGUCUAUCUUGAAAGAAGACCUGGGUUUAUUGAAAGCUGGAUAUGAAGAGUCCAAGAAAGCUUAUGAGAAGAAACUUGGUGCUAGUAAUGUUAAGGAAAACACCUUAUUUGCAUUGGCAUGGGAUGUUGUUGAAUAUGAAACACUGUCAAAGCAAAAUCUCUCAUUCCAAUCUGACAUAUUACCAAUUGUUUUAAGACUGCAAAAUAGUGAACAGUUGGAUGGAAACAUUGCCAAAUUUUUCACAGAAAUGCGCAAAGGUUUGCUACCAUACUGCAAAGGAGUAUUUGGAAAGCAAAGGGAGGCAGCAAGCCAUGUGUUUUCAUUCAUGAUUUCUGAAGAGCAGAGAAACAUCAAACCGUAUGCUAUUCCUGUGAGAUUCCUUACGUACAGUUCAAUAACAGACAAGACAGUUCGAGAUUUAAAGAGGCAGUUGGUUGAUGAAAUGAGGAAACUGGACAUGCUGAGUGUUGGUAUGUACUGUACAUAUUUGAUUCCAAGUAUCACACACUUAUGUAUUUGUACUGUAGUGUAUACUAUAUAGCUUUUACAGAUUUAGGUAUCAUAAUGCAGUAAUCCAUUAAUAGGCAAUAUCACUGCAAACAAAAUAAUGUCGACACCGUUCUUAUGUCCACUUAGUAUGUUUACAUUAUGUACAUUUUAUCAUUUUCUAGGAUUUGUCACGGACGGAGAGUUCAACUCUUUACGAACGAUGGGCGCUGAAAGACCACUAUCAAUUAUUGAACUGAUUGCGAUUGCCAGAAAACAUGCUAAAAGUGACCGAGUUCAAGACAUCAAGAAGUACUUAACUCCUGUUGUGAAAGAAGGUACAUUACAGAGGUUGUGUGUGGGGAAAAUCGUAACGGGAAAGGUGUAAUUGGGAUUUCAUUACUUAACCUAAAUCCAGAUUAUUUUAUCCACACCCAGAUGAACACCCUAAACGCCCGAUUGUCAUUGACUCGUUAUUCUAUGACUAUGUGCAAUUACUUUAUUGUCUAGGAGUUGUUCUCCCAGAGCUUGGGCAUGAAGCUGUUCCUCUUGAAGAUGUGCAAUGGCUUCACGAGUUCAUGAAGAAUGGUGGUGGGGACGGGACCGGCAUUGCAUUUGGAAAAGCUGUUUUCAUGCUAAGAAGAAAGCAUUAUCCUUUUCAUUACGAUCCUCAUCCAUGGAUUGCAGGUACAUGUACUCAUUGUACAGCUGUUUCAGUUAAGGUUGUCUCCAAGCAAAGCGGAAAAGUAGAAUAUGAGCGCGAAAGGCUGCUUAGAAUUGCUAAAAAAAUUCAUUAAUUUUUUAGCAACUCCGAGCACUCAGCAGCCUUUCGCGCUCGUAUUUGACUUUUCAUUGCUAUCGUUUGUUUCCCUCUCGAAAUAUAGUUCUUAAUGUUUUUUUGUCAUUUUAAUUGCGCCUGUGGUAAAAAUUGCCACGCGUGGUAAUGAUCUUCAAGCGGGCCUGGGUCUCAACUCUUGAAACCAAUUUGGCAAUUGUAAUUUUACCGUACAGGACAUUUAACGAAACCUUCAUUAAAGUUCAUACUGUACGAGUCAUUGGCUUCGUAAAUAGCCUGAAUGAUACGGACAAAACAUUCAAAGAAACGUAAUAAAAUGACUAGUAAACAAUUUGAAUUCUCGAUUUAUGAGGAAUAUUUUUGUAUGAUUAUUUAUGUUACGUUAUGUUAUGUUAUAACAAAUGUUAUUUUAUAAAACUCAUUCUUGACAGGUAAAUCCGAAACCCUUGGUGAUGUACUCAAGUCACUGAUGGCAACAUACCAUUAUAAGAAAUUGAUUCAAACCUACGAGUCAGCUGGUGUGGACUUCCGCAACCACAUCUACAAUCCAGAAUGUGACCAGAACUCUGGCGAAUUCUUUCACGAAAGAGAAGACCAUAACCAUCUCUUGAAAAGGAUCACCAAUUGUCUGCGGUCUGGUGAAAUACCCAAUAUUAGGUUGCAAUAUUUUAGAGAUGCACUAAACGAUCCAUCAACUGGGUUGACGAAAUCCGCUCUUACUGGUGUAAACAAGCAGUCAGUUCCGGACUGCGAACGCAUGUUCUCAGUUGGGAUGAUUGAUUUCAUGCAGAAGAAUGGUCAUGCAAAUGAGAUGGCCUUCCUAACAUUGGUGCACAAUUGGCACAAAGCUUCUGAUGGCAGAGGGAUAGACGAAGAUACGCGGCAUCUUUAUAACAAGCAGAUGCUAAAUUGGGUUCUCGACGACUGGAUGCCUUGGCAUCGUGACAAUUAUGACUUUAGCACCAUUGAUGUUAACAGGUACGUACUACACUGAGACGUCAAGUAGAAAAACAAGGACGUGGAAAGCCUUUGUUUUAGACACAAUUUUUAAGAUUUUUUAUAAAAUGUAAAAGAAUUGUUAUGUGGAUUGCAUGGAAUGCGAAUAUGCAUAAGAGGUUUAUUACAUGAAUGGCAGAAACGAAUUGCAAACUUUAAAAGUACACAGUAUAAUUAUGGUAUUGUGAACAUAUUCGGUAAGGAGAUAUGUUACAUACAAAUUUUUGUACAUUGUCGAGAUAAUACACCCUUCCGGAAAUUACGUCAUUUGGCUAUAGAGCCUUGUUUCGUAAUUGGCAAGGCUUGGAUUUAACUAAUCUCAAAUACACGAAAACGAGGCAGUAUGGCCAAAUGAUGUAAUUUCUGGAUUGGUGCAUUGUACAUACAUAAUAUCAUUGUUUUUAGACGAAUUAAAGGUAUUCAAGGGCUCACUAGAGAAAUAAUUAUUGGCCUGACAACAAACAUUGAAAGCCAGGAGCUGCGGCGAUGCGAGUAUCAAUCAAGAGAUCUUGUCCCGGAACACCCAAGAGCAAGCUCAACCGAUGAUGUGGAAGGACUGGUUGGAAUGCUCCAUGACAUGUUUGGCCCAGUUUUUGACCAUAAAACACUGCUUGACCAAAUGCAAAAAGUUUUCAAUGAAUUUGCAAAACGAAUGGACCCACAACUUCCAUAUUAUUACUGGACAUCGUACAAAGAGAGGUACCAUUCUGACCCAUUACCGCAUUUUAACGAGCCCUCAACAGAUGGAAAAGAACGGUUGGACGGGGUAAAGAUCUCACGGCGUGCUGAUCCUGGUGUUUUUGUUUCGAACAGAGCACAAUUGCCUCAGAAAAACAGUUUAACUGUGCGUGCAACCUUUCACAGAGCGCCAGAAAGCUUACCAGAACUUGCAGUUGACAUAUAA